AAUUAGAAGAGUGGUGAGGUAAACAAGACAAGCAAAGGAGGAAUCAGCAACAGGAGACGCAAAAUAAAGAAAAUAAAUCCAGAAAAACGAUUAAAUAACGAAAGAAAACGAAGAAAAGAGACAGAAGAACAAGAAAACAAGAAGAGGACGCUGGAAACAAGAGAACAGCGGCCACAGGAAGAGGAAGAAGAGGAGAAGGCAGUGGAAAAACGUGCCGGUUGAAAUUUUUUUUUAUAAAUUUCCCUUAAUAUUUCCCGGCGCGUGGUGUGUGUCAGGUGGUGAGUGUGUGAGGAUGCACGCACGCACACACACGCCACGCACGCCUUCUUGACCCCGCAGGACACACGCAACCAGGCAAAAUGAUUCUGGACGUUGAUGGAAUGCGCGUGUUCUUCCCCUACGACUUCAUCUACCCUGAGCAGUACUCCUAUAUGCUGGACCUGAAGAGAGCCCUCGAUGCCAAGGGACACUGCCUGCUGGAGAUGCCCUCAGGGACCGGGAAGACCAUCUCCCUGCUGUCCCUCACUGUGUCCUACCUCCUCGCCUUCCCUCAGACCCUCAACAAGCUCAUCUACUGCUCAAGAACCAUUCCCGAGAUUGAAAAGGUAAUAGAGGAACUGCGCAAACUGAAGGUGUACAUUGAGAAGGAGACAGGAGAGGCAUCGAACAUCGUCGGAGUUGGCUUGGCUUCUCGUAAACACCUGUGCAUUAAUCCUGAGGUAAACAAGGCACGCGAUUCCAAGGUGAUAGACAGCGGCUGCCACGCCCUCACCGCCUCCUACGUGCGGUCCCGAGCCCAGCGAGACGACACCAUACCUCAAUGUGAGUUCUUUGAAAAAUUUGACCUCCACGGACGAGAAUUCCCACUCCCGUCCGGCUGCUACAAUUUUGAUGACCUUCGGGAGUUCGGACACCAGAAGGGAUGGUGUCCAUACUUCCUGGCCAGACAUGCGGUGGUGGCAGCCAACGUGGUGGUGUACAGUUACCAUUACCUCCUGGACCCCAAGAUUUCCGAGAUCGUGUCCAAGGAGAUGAAGAAAGAGGCGUGUGUGGUGUUUGACGAGGCUCACAACAUUGACAACAUUUGUGUCGACUCCAUGAGCAUAAACAUUAACCGCAAAAUUCUGGACAAGGCCAAGACAGCCAUCACACACCUCAGUGAACACAUACAGAGGGUGAAGAUGUCAGACAGCAACAGACUGCAGGAGGAGUACAACAGGCUGGUGGCGGGGCUGAAGCAGGCGGCAUCACAGCAGGACCUGAUCGCCAACCCUGUCCUGCCUAAAGACAUUUUGGAAGAUAACAUACCAGGGAACAUCCGCAUGGCCGACUACUUCAUCUCCUUCAUCCGUCGCCUGGUGGAUUUCCUCAAGAUGCGCCUCACAGUCACCCACGCAGUGCAGGAGUCACCCGCUGGUUUCCUGAAGGACAUCCGUGCUAGGGCUUUCAUUGAUCGCAAGCCCUUGAGGUUCUGUUCCGAGCGUUUGGCGUCGAUCGUUCGCUCCUUAGAAUUGACAGACGUGAGUGAUCUUGCCCCCCUCGUCGCUGUGGCCAACUUUGCAACUCUGGUGUCCACAUACCUUCAAGGAUUUGCCAUCAUCAUUGAGCCAUUCGAGGAUAAGGCGCCAAACAUUCCCAACCCUAUUUUGGCGCCAAACAUUCCCAACCCUAUUUUGUACUUAAGAUGCCUCGACUCCUCCAUCGCCAUCAAGCCAGUGUUUACAAAGUUCCAGACCGUCGUCAUCACCUCCGGAACACUUUCCCCGCUGGAUAUGUACCCCAAGAUUCUGGACUUCCAUCCUGUCAUCCAGAGCUCCUUCACCAUGACCCUCGCCAGACCCUGCAUCCUGCCCAUGAUUGUGACCAAGGGGAACGACCAGGUGUCCAUCUCCUCUAAGUUUGAGUCUCGCGAUGAUCCGGCUGUGGUGAGGAAUUAUGGAAAGCUGCUGGUGGAGAUGGCGCGGUGUGUGCCUGACGGCAUGGUGUGUUUCUUCACCUCAUACCUGUACCUGGAGAAUGUAGUGGCUACCUGGUACGAUCACGGCAUCAUCAGUGACUUGCAGAGACACAAGCUGGUGUUCAUUGAGACACAGGAUGACGCAGAGACCUCCCUCGCUCUUAUUAAUUACAUGAAGGCGUGUGACAGAGGGCGUGGCGGGCUGCUGCUGGCGGUGGCGCGGGGGAAGGUGUCUGAGGGUAUUGAUUUUGACCACCACUACGGGCGCUGUGUCAUCAUGAUGGGCAUCCCCUUCAUGUACACACAGAGCAGGAUUCUCAAGGCCAGGCUGGAGUACCUCAGGGAUCAGUUCAAUAUCCGAGAGAACGACUUCCUGACAUUUGACGCAAUGAGACACGCGGCGCAGUGUGUGGGGCGUGUCAUGCGUGAGACUGACUACGGAAUCAUGCUCUUCGCUGACCAGCGCUUCUCACGGUCAGACAAGAAGAGCAAACUGCCUCGCUGGAUCCAGGAGUACUUGAUGGACAGCAAGUGUAAUCUGUCCACUGAGGAGGCUGUGCAGCUAACCCGGCCUUGGCUGAGACAGAUGGCCCAGCCCUUCACUCGGGACGACCAGCUGGGGGUGUCGCUGCUGACCCUGGAGCAGCUCAACUCAGCCGACAGCAUUGCCCAGGUGCAGCGGCGGGCACAGAUCACACUGUAGGGUUCGGUGGCGCUGGAGGUGGACCUUUUCUGUGGCAGUAAGGGUGAUGCAUUCUACCAGCUGGGGGAUGUCACUGCUGACCCUGGACCAACUCGUCUCAGCCAACAGCAUUGCCCUGGUCACACUGUAGGAUUUGGUGGCACUGGAGCUGGACCCUUUCUACGGCAGUAAGGGUGACAUGUUCUAUCAGGGAGUGCCAGUGUUGUUGCUGCCACCACCACUCCUGUCAGCCUGGAAAGUGUCAGCAGCAUCACCACCACCACCACCACACCACCUGCCUUCAGUCCUGGCCUGUCCACCACAACUCAGCAGGUUUUGUACUACAUGCUAAAUAAACAAUGCCAUCUUUAA